AUAACAAAGUGAGAGAGGAAGAUGAGUUAGGGGACGUGCUGAGGAUCUUGGAAAAGGGGCAAAGACUUCUUUCUGUUUCGGUCUAUAUAUAAGAGUGAGGCUAUUUUCCUUUCUCGCUAAACAUGUCUUUGCUUCUGUUGGAUGAAACAGCCGGGGAUCUUCCAGUCCGAGAUACUAACCAGAAGCCUUCAGUGAUAACAGCUAUACAAGAUGUAUCAUCUGCUGUACUCCCUGUAAGAUCCCAUGGGCCGAAAUCCUUAAUGAAAGGAUCUGUCUCACUGGCAAGGACACGGCGACAGAUAACCCGAAUAAGCCGCACAGAGCUGGAAGAUGGAUUUCUACGACUUCAUGAUGAAAAUUUGCUGCUCAAAGAGUUUGCCCGGAAGCAAGAAGACAGGAUCAAAAGGAUGGGCACCAAGCUUUCGAGACUCAGCCAUGAGCGAGCCCAAGUGGAUGGGAGACCUGGGAGCUGGGUCCGCAUCUCUGGACGGAAUCUAGACCUGGAGGAGGACUUGGAACAGAUGCAGGACCGGGUUCAGGAGCUGGAGAGACGCAAUGAGGGACUGAGGAACCGCCUCCUCUUCUACAAGCAGCAACUACAGCUGCAAAGCUGUGGCCGGCAUUGCCCUUAUGGCUAUGUCGCUCCCAGGGUCAACACGGGACUUCGACGGGCACACACUGCUGCAGGGCGAGUGCAGGAGAGACUUCGCAAAGGAAUGCGGAUGCAAGGACCUGUGGUGGCCAGAUCAACACACACAGCUCCACCAAGAUAUGGGGAUCAUGUUUUGGAGGGAUCCCGAGCAGAGAUGGAGAGACUAAGCCACCAUAGCCUGGUGCUGGCAGAACUGGAACGAGAGCAGGAGUCAUUGAGUUCCACACACGGCAAAGAAACAGACCCAGAGAGCACCCACUCUCAGCAUCGUUACCUGGAGGUUCAGGAACGUCGAGCCGCCAUCCAGGACAACGUGGAGCUGAUCCGGCUUCAGAAGCUUUUAAGGGCAAAGAAUUCAGAACUAGUGAUAACCAAAGCCCAGUUUGCCACUUUGCAGGAAGCUUAUGAGACUCAGCUCCAUCAGAACCAAGAGGCAUUAAGGUCAACAAGUGGGGCUUUAUUGGCUCAGGUUGAAGAGCUCAACACUCUCCUGAAGGAGGAGACCCAGAAGGUCACUACACUGGAGAGUCAGCUGGAAAUCCUUUCUCCCUUGCAGGGGACACUGAAAGAUUUUCAGGAGCGAGUCCGGGACCUGGAGACAGAACGUGAUUUGCUGAAGAUGGAUUACGACAAACUCCUGGAGAGCUGCAUGACUGCUGCCCAGCAAAACCUGGAUGAGGUGCCCCAGAAGGACAACAGCCCUGGCCUGGAGGAGCAACUCAGAUCAGUGACUGCAGAGAAGAAAAACCUUGAGGAACAGCUAGAAAAGGCAAUAGCGCGGAAUGAUGAACUGAAGCAAGAAGUGCAUCUGCUGGUGACACGUGCGCAGGAAGUAAACUCCUCACAGGAGAAGCCAGCCAUUCUGGAAGUCCCUGCAAGAGAAGAGAAACCUUGUUCCAGUCACAUCCAGCCUUUGUACCUGGAGGAGAAGAAAGAGAUAGAGAUACAGACAGUGAAGGAAGAGAUAUUUAGCCAGCAGAGUCUAAAGCGAAAACUCCACGAGACAGAGGCUGCCCAUGCUGAGACUGUCCUAGAGCUAGAGAAGACCCGGGAUAUGCUCAUUCUGCAACAUCGCAUCAACCGGGACUACCAGGCGGAGCUGGACAGUGUGUUGCUGCAAAGCACCAGAGAGAAGCAGGAGCAUGAGGAGAAGCAAGAGCAGAUGGCUCGGCUUCUGGACCUACGUAUCUCCCGCAUCCGCCAACUGGAAGAGCAGCUGAAGGAUGUGGCCUAUGGAACCAGGGCUGUCCCAUUUCGAGUAGAUGAAGUUGAUACAUCCGUGGGGGCCGACAAUGACAAGGUCCCACAACUGAAGCAUGGAGAGAACCUCCUUGAGCUGCACAUCUCUGGCGCUGUGCUCUCUGCUGAGGCGCUGCGUCUCCUGGGAGACCCAGAGCCUGUCACCUUCUGCACAUAUUCCUUCUAUGACUUUGAGACUCACUGCACCCCUGUGGUGCGGGGCAUCCGGCCCCAGUAUAACUUCACAUCCCAAUAUGUUGUCCGAGUGGAGCCUUUCUUCCUGCAAUACCUGCAAGAGGCCACUUGUCGCCUUGAUCUCCACCUCACCUCUGCCAUGGACCAUACCAACCUGGCCUCCUGCUGGCUGCGUUUUGGACAAGCCCUGGGCACUGGAGAACAAGUCCAUGCCACCGCAGUGCUUCGUGGUGCCAAUGGUGAGGAUUACGGCCUUCUGGAAUACUGGGUGAGGCUCCGCUUUCCUAUAGAACAGAUCCUGAGGCUGCACCGCCAACGAACCAAAGCUUUGGGUUACCUAUCUGCUGGAGUACCCCGUUCCACCGUGGCCCAGUUGAACUGGCAAGAGGAAGGGGCCAAGAGUGCAGUCCAGAAUGAGGUCCAUGUGCGGAUCGAAGGAUGCACUGGCUUACGUAGUCGUUGGCUUGGGUCACAACCCAGCCCAUACGUCAUGUACCAGUUCUUCAAUUUUCCAGACCAUGACACGAUCAUCAUUCCUUCAAGCAACAACCCACACUUUGGCGACCUGCAAACAUUUGCUUUGCAUGUCACACCUGAACUACAUCAUUACUUGCUUGUGGACAGCCUAUGGAUGUAUGUAUUUGAUGAUGAGGAUGAGGAACCGAGCAGCUACCUGGGCAAAGCCCAGAUCCCACUUCUGCCGCUAGCAAAUGGACGCAGCAUCUCAGGAGACUUUGUCCUCAUCGACCCAGCAGACAGACCUAACGGUUCCAUCCGCCUGAGUCUGGAGUGGAUCCGUCCUUAUGUGCCCCCAGAAGAGGUUGGCUCACUUGCACCCAUGGAUUGGGAGUGCCACCAGCGGCCUUUGGGGCUGCAGAUCAAGGAGGAACAAGCCAGACUGAGAAACCAGGUGCCAAGAGAAAAUGGUGCAGGCCAUUUGCCUUCCAGCCGCCAAAGGAAAAAGCCACGGCUCAGCCUGCCUGAGGCAGAGAAACAAGCUCUGAAACACACCAAACUAGAAAAUGGACCCAAGAUCCCACAUGUCCAAGUGAAGCCUGCAGUGAAGUCCAUGAGACCAAUGACAAAGAAGAAGGUGGAGGAAGCUGCUCAGGAGGUGGUGCUGGAAGAGAUAAGAGAGGAGGAAGAAGAAGUCCUGGCUGUUGAAGAGGUGGCUGCUGCAGAAAGUCACCGGGGAUCAGAGGCGAAAUCAAGCACAGAGGCGGAAGCUGGCGUGCAAAAGGAAUCUGGUAUUGUGUGCAACCAGCUGUGUCAGUCAAGGACUAGCAGGCAAUUACUUUGUAAAAGAAAAAGGAAAUGGAGAGGAAUACAUGUGCUACCAGCAUACACUCCACCUGUCUCUUUGCCCCCCCCCCCCCUCUCUCUGUUCUUGCCUGCAGCCUCAGAGGAACCUGAGAGUGCCAGCAGUGAUGCCCAGACUACAGAGAGCGAUGAAGUGGUGGUGGCCUUAUCAAGCCUGCAAGAGCCUCUAGAAAUUGAGGCUCCUGACAGAAUUCGUGUGGAGAUCCUCUCCCUGAGUCUACUCCCAGAGAGCCAGCCUGUUGAGGAUGAGCGCAUCCAACAGCUCUAUGUGGAGUAUCGAUUCCCUGGAGUGCCGCUGGAGGAGACAGAGACCCCUUUCUCUUUGCGGAAGCCACACGGGAAUCAGGAAAUCUACUUCCAUUUCAGCAAAGUGAUCAGACUGGACCCAGAUUCUGCAAGUCUCCAAAGGCAGCUGCUGUUCUCCAUGCUGGAAGCAGAGGAACCAGAGAGGAACCAACUGCAGUUUGUAGUGGUGAGUGAGCCACUGCCUGGUGCUGGAGGAGAGUGCGAGGAGGUGGGCUUUGCAUACCUGGAUUUGCGAGAGAUCCUUCUCACUGGAUGUGAUGUGCUGGAAAGAGAGCUUUGGGUGGUUAGUUCUUUUGAUCCGGAGAUGUACGUUGGGAAGCUGAAAGUUUCCAUAGAAGCAGCUGCUGCCCUGCGUACCGUCUACUGGGCAGCCAAGAGGAAGAAGAGUGACGAAGGAUAA